AUGAUGAGUAGGAUGCCAAAGCCAGAGAUGACAGUGCUCUUGAAGAAAUGCUGGGUAGAACAAAAAGAUGAUCAUGGGAACAGCAAUGGCAGUCAUGUAAAAAUCUUUUUACCCAAGAAGCUGCUGGAGUGUCUGCCGAAAUGUUCAAGCCUCCCGAAGGAGCGGCACCGCUGGAACACUAACGAGGAAAUCGCAGCUUAUUUAAUAACAUUUGAAAAGCAUGAAGAAUGGCUAACAACUUCCCCUAAAACAAGACCACAGAAUGGUUCUAUGAUCCUGUACAAUAGGAAGAAGGUGAAAUACAGGAAAGAUGGAUAUUGUUGGAAAAAAAGGAAAGAUGGGAAAACCACCAGAGAGGAUCACAUGAAGCUGAAAGUCCAAGGAGUGGAGUGCCUGUACGGCUGCUAUGUCCACUCCUCCAUCAUCCCCACGUUUCACAGAAGGUGCUACUGGCUUCUGCAGAACCCAGACAUCGUGUUGGUGCACUACCUGAAUGUCCCUGCCAUCGAGGACUGUGGGAAGCCCUGCGGCCCCAUCCUGUGCUCAAUAAACACAGACAAGAAAGAAUGGGCAAAGUGGACAAAAGAGGAACUCAUCGGCCAGCUCAAGCCCAUGUUUCAUGGCAUUAAGUGGACAUGCAGCAAUGGCAACAGCAGUUCAGGGUUCUCAGUGGAGCAGCUCGUGCAGCAGAUCCUCGACAGCCACCAGACCAAGCCGCAGCCUCGGACACACAACUGUCUCUGCACUGGUACCUUGGGGGCAGGAAGCAGUGUGCAUCACAAGUGUAACAGUGCCAAACAUCGCAUCAUAUCACCAAAGGUCGAGCCAAGGACAGGUGGGUACAGCGCUCACUCAGAGGUACAAAAUAACGAUGUCUCUGAAGGCAAGAACGAGCACAGUCACGGCAAGGCCUCCAGCCGAGAGAAGAGGAACGGUAAAGUGGCAAAGCCGGUGCUGCUCCAUCAAAACAGCACCGAGGUUUCUUCCACCAACCAGGUGGAGGUCCCUGAUACGACCCAGAAUUCUCCCGUGUCCAUCAGCAGUGGAUUGAACAGUGACCCAGACAUGGCGGACAGCCCAGCCGUCACCGGUGUGUCCAGCAUGGCCGUAGCCUCGGUUAUGGGCAGCUUGUCACAAAGUGCCACUGUGUUUAUGUCAGAAGUCACCAGUGAAGCUGUGUACACCAUGUCACCCACCUCCGGCCCGAAUCAGCACCUUCUGUCCUCAGAUGCAGCUGCACAAGGACUGGUACUGGCUGUGAGCUCAGAUGGACACAAAUUUGCGUUUCCAACAACUGGCAGUUCAGAGAGCUUGUCCAUGCUACCCAGCACUGUCUCCGAGGAGCUUGUGCUCUCCACAACUUUAGAGGGAAACAGAAAAAUUCCAGAAACCACCAUGAAUUUUGACCCAGACUGUUUCCUUAACAAUCCCAAGCAAGGGCAGACUUAUGGUGGAGGAGGUAUGAAAAGUGACAGCAUCAGUACCAACAUAAGGCAGUCACCCACCACAGAACGCAGCUUCAGCUUCAAUACAACCCUCACAAAAGAAAUUAAAACCGAGGACACAUCGUUUGAACAACAGAUGUCCAAAGAAGCAUUUUCUUCCAGUUCUGCAUCUAACACUCUCACCCUCACUACUGGUUCAGGUUUGCUUCCAUCUGGAGGAGGUCUGAGCCCAAGUACCACCCUGGAGCAGAUGGACUUCAGUGCCAUUGACUCCAAUAAGGACUAUUCUUCCAGCUUCAAUCAGACUGUCCAGAGCCCUCACGUUCAUCAGACCCCUUCCCCCAGCUUCUUUCUGCAGGAUGCCAGCAAGCCUCUUCCCCUUGAGCAAAACACUCACACCAAUCUGAACGACACAGGUGGCUCCUUUGUGAACACCUUAGGAAUACCCAGUGUGAAAACAGAGUCCCCGUCCCAAACCACUUCCAACUGUAAUGGCACAGUGGAAACCAGAAUAGAGUCCACCUCUUCUCUCCAGCUCAUGCAGUUCCAAGCAAACUUCCAGGCUAUGACUGCAGAAGCUGAAGUUCCCAUGGAGACCUCCCAGCAGGCAGAAGGGAAUGAAAAUCUACUUAAAUCAGGAGACCUUCAAGCCUGCAGCACAGAACACUACUUGCAGCCAGAGGCCAAUGGGGGUAUCAGAAAUGGAAACAAUCUCCCUAUUCUCCAAGGAAACAUGGUACAAGGACUCUAUCCUGUGGCCCAUCCCAGCUUAAAUAACUCCUCAAACAUGGAACUUAACUUGGACCAUUUUGACAUCUCCUUCAGCAACCAGUUUUCUGAUCUAAUUAACGAUUUCAUAUCAGUAGAAGGUGGGAGCAAUGCUCUCUAUGGACACCAGCUGGUGUCAGGUGACAGUGCCGGACUGUCUCAGCCUGAAGACAGUAACAGAGCAACCUACAACCAGGCUGAAAUGUGCAUUCCUUGCUGCAGUCCUCAGCAGGCCAACAUGCAGCUCAGCAGCACUGAGAGCGGGGCCAGCACCAUGGCCUACAUGCACGUGGCUGAGGUGGUCUCAGCAGCUGCGGCACAGGGCACUUUGGGGCUGCUGCAGCAGAGUGGGCGCUUGUUCAUGGUGACAGAUUAUUCACCAGAGUGGUCUUACCCGGAGGGAGGAGUAAAAGUCCUAAUUACUGGUCCAUGGCAGGAAGCCAGCAAUAAUUACAGCUGUCUUUUUGAUCAGAUCUCAGUGCCUGCAUCUUUAAUUCAGCCAGGGGUACUGCGCUGCUACUGUCCAGCUCAUGACACUGGGCUCGUGACUUUGCAAGUUGCCUUCAACAAUCAGAUCAUCUCCAAUUCUGUGGUGUUUGAAUAUAAAGCCAGAGCUCUGCCAACCCUGCCUUCUUCCCAGCAUGACUGGCUGUCCUUGGAUGAUAACCAGUUCAGGAUGUCCAUAUUGGAGCGACUUGAGCAGAUGGAGAGGAGAAUGGCUGAAAUGACAGGUUCCCAGCAGCACAAACAAGGAGCUGGAGGGGGCAGCAAUGGGAAUGGAAAUGGAGGAACACAGGUGCAGUGCGUUUCUGGGACUGGGACACUGGGCAACUGCUUUGAGAGCCGUGUGGUGGUGGUGUGUGAGAAGAUGAUGAGCCGUGCCUGCUGGGCAAAGUCCAAACACUUGAUCCAUUCGAAGACCUUCCGAGGAAUGACACUGCUCCACCUGGCUGCUGCCCAGGGCUAUGCUACCCUGAUCCAGACCCUCAUCAAAUGGCGCACCAAACAUGCAGACAGCAUCGAUCUGGAGCUUGAAGUUGACCCUUUGAAUGUGGAUCAUUUCUCCUGCACUCCACUGAUGUGGGCGUGUGCCCUUGGCCACAUGGAUGCGGCUGUUGUGCUGUACAAGUGGGACCGCCGAGCCAUCUCCAUUCCUGACUCCCUUGGGAGGCUGCCACUGGCUAUUGCCCGGUCCCGGGGCCACGUGAAGUUGGCAGAGUGCUUGGAGCAGCUACAGAGGGAUGAGCAAACUCAGACUGGGCAAAACCCCCAGGGGCAGUGCCCCUCGAGCACAGACUCCAACACAGACAACUGGGCGUCCCAGUGGCACAGUGAGCUCAUUGCCUCUCAGGAGCCUCAGAAGGGAGUCACUGUGAUUUCCAAUACAAACACAGAGCUGAGACGACCAAGAUCAGAACCUUCCAGUUACUACAGUAGUGAGAAUCAGAAAGAUUACCCCGCACCCAAAAAACAUAAGCUGAGCCCUGAAUGUUUUCAAGCCCGGCAAGAGAAGCUGCUUUCCACCGCACUGAGCCUGGAACAGCCGAAUAUCAGGAAGCAGAACUCCAGCUCCAAGCAAUCUGCCACUGAGACAAUCAGCCCCAGUGAAGGGUUAAGGGACUAUGGCCGGGAGCUCUCCCAGCACAUACCAGAAGUUCCUGGGUACCAGGGCUCUGGCAGCCAUGCAGGCAUCAAAUGGAACCCAAAAGACAUUUACAUUGGUGUGUCUGCAGUGCAGGUGGCAGGGAGCCAGAAGGGCACUGCACUGGGCAAGGAGGCUGUAGCCCAUCGGCUACGCCAGCGAGAGCAGAUUAAUGUGCUGAUGAUGGCUGACAGGGAGAUGGUGGAUGCAGAGCUCUUGUCCUAUAGGGACAGCGCUGGGGAUGAGGACUGCUUGCACCACAUGGAUGACUUGCAGGUGAACAUGAUGACACUUGCAGAGCACAUCAUUGAAGCUACGCCUGACAGGAUCAAGCGGGAGAAUUUUGUGCCAAUGGAGUCACCACUGGUGGAGAGGACAGAGAGUGCUGCCAUGAGCACCACGAUGAGCUGGCUGGCCAGUUACCUCGCUGAUGUCGAGCAUCUGCCGAGUGCUGCACAGAUAAGAAGUCUGUACAGUGAACCCCUGACCCCUUCUUCGAACACCAGCUUGAGCCCUGCAGGCUCACCAAUCAGUGAAAUAGUUUUUGAGAAACCCAGCCUUCCCUCAGCAGCAGACUGGUCUGAAUUUCUGAGUGCAUCCACCAGCGAGAAGGUAGAAAAUGAGUUUGCACAGUUAACUCUGUCUGAUCAUGAGCAGAGAGAACUCUAUGAAGCUGCCAAACUCGUCCAGACAGUGUUCAGGAAAUACAAGGGUCGUCCUCUCCAGGAACAGCAGGAGGUGGCUGCAGCUGUUAUUCAGCGUUGCUACCGAAAAUACAAACAGCUUACUUGGAUAGCCUUGAAGUAUGCACUUUAUAAAAAGAUGACACAAGCUGCCAUUCUUAUCCAGAGCAAAUUCCGAAGUUACUAUGAGCAGAAGAAAUUCCAGCAGAGCCGCCGAGCCGCGAUGCUGAUCCAGCAGUACUAUCGCAGCUACAAGGAGUGCGGGAAGAGGAGGCAGAACCGCCGGGCAGCCACCAUUGUGCAGCAGAAACUCAGAAGCAGUCUGCUUACCAAGAAGCAGGACCAAGCUGCUCGCAAGAUCAUGCGGUUUUUACGACGCUGCCGCCACAGCCCACUGGUGGACCAUAGGCUGUACAAAAGGGGGCUGAAUGUGUUUGGAGCUCAAAUGUGUGUGUUAACUCGCAGGCUGCGUGCUCUGGGGUGUCAUUCUUAUUGGGCCUUUCUGUCUCUCUUAUUUUGCUGCCCAAAUGAGAUAUCUGGAAAAAGGCAAGAGCUCCCUUUUCUUAAAUGUCCCACGGGCCACUUCAGCUCUCAGAGCAACAGAGUGAAAGAAUUGAAAAAGGCCAAGGAACUUGAAGAUACGCAGCAGCAUCCCGUAGCAAUGUGA